ACCAAAAAGCCGAAAAAAGAAAGGGAGGGGAACAGCGGAGGCAAAGAUAAUAUAUGGUGAUGGAGGGCGCUAUUCCAUGUGACUCAGCUGCCGCGUACCGUACCGUUCGGUCAUCGACGACGAAUUUUUCCCUGUUGCUCCCCUUGGCUGGCCUUGGCCUCACCAUUUCUUACCGUUUCGUCCCGUCAGAAUUCCUCUCAUGGCGGGGUCGUGGGGUCCCUCUUCGGCAGGUGGCGGCCUUAGGUUAGCAAGGGGAGGGGCUCCCGGGCCGCAAUCGGCCUAGGGCUCGGGAUUUAGGGUCUUUACAGUCACGAAGUUACCUCAAUUCAUUACGACUUUGAUAGAUAGCGAUGAUCUGUAUGUCAACUUGGACUUGGAUACAGUAUACGCUUCCGUGAAAUGAGCUGCUUCUCAC